AGGCCGGAGGACAAGAACUCCAGUGGCGCGACAUCCCAUCCACACCUGCGAGAGCUUUACGAAGGCUCUGCGCGACAGAUGCAUGCGCAGAUGGAUCGCCUGUCUAAGAUCUACCGCAACGUCCAGCUAUCCUACACAUUCCUGACGAUCAGUGGUGGAGCCUUGGUUCUGGGCAUCGGCUAUGUGAUCAUCAACUGGACGAUGUUGCGAUCCCAAGCGGCGCAAGAGUCGGCUGAGGUGGUAUCCCAGACGAUGCAAAAUGCACAAGUGCAGUUCACCGCGCGUGAAUUCUCCAAGGAGCUACUCAACCAACUGUUCAACGACGAAGAGAUCGCGUCCACUGUGGCAAGUUGGACCCUGCGCCUGCUGACCUCCAUCCAACAUGAGAUUGGGGCGCUAUUUGUUCACAUCUUACAGCAAGAUCAGGUGGUGGAUGAAGUGAACCGGCUCGCUGACAAGCUGGUGGCAUAUCUUUGUGAGAGCCAGACGAUCCAGGACGAUGUCAUUGGUCGAGAGUGCAGGGUAAUGAAACCAGCGACCUAA